UGUACACUGGAGGCACAUGUACUUUUAUUUGUUUCAGUUCAACACCCACACUACUCAUACUAAUUAAGGGAAAAGUUCUCAUUUAGAGGACAGCUGUCAGAGAUUUAUAUAUAGUAGUACGUGGGCAGAGAAAAAAAGGGAAAAAAAAGCCAUAUUAUGUACACGACUGUUUAGUUAUUGAUUUAGUAAUAGAAGUAAUUGGUAAAGGUAGGAGGACAUUACUGUACAUUAUCUAUAUCAGAUCAUUACUAGUACCAGACUUUGAGGGCUUUCACACAGUGGCAGAGAGAAAUGAGACAAUGAUGAACAUGAAAGACAUGAAAACGAACUGAAUGGUGCAGUUUGAGGAAGAGACAACAGUCCAUCACACUGAUCAACAUUCCAACCAUUCCCGAAGAAAUCCAUCAGUGCGCAGACAAUCUAGCACCGUAUCCACUAUGGCGCUGAUGUGUUAUGCAUCGAAGUCGCGCCCAGUAUCCAUUCCCGUGGCUGUGAUCGUGGCGCUGUUUGGGAUCGGCUCCUGGAUUGCCAUCAAUGGAUUAUGGGUAGAAUUGCCACUUUUGGUCCAACGACUGCCAGAAAGCUGGGAUCUCCCAUCGUACCUGGCGGUCAUCAUCCAAAUUGCCAACCUAGGACCAAUCAUAUACACUGUAUCAAACUGUUUGGUGCCCAAACGGAUCAAAGAGGUUCCUGUGGCGUAUGUUGUAAUUACAAUGGGAAUUGUAUCGACAUUUUUGCUUGGGUUAUUUUGGGAGCAUCAAACUUACAUAGCAGGAGUAAAGCACAGUACGGCAUUGCUGGCUCUUGCGUUUUGUCUGGCAUUUGUCGACUGCACUUCCUCCGUGCUGUUUUUACCAUAUAUGGCAGUGUUUAAAGAACAGUACAUGACAGCGUAUUACAUAGGCGAGGGGUUCAGCGGCUUACUGCCAAGUCUUGUGGCGCUAGCUCAAGGCGCUGGCGAGUAUCAGUGUGUGAACCAAACAAUUACCAAUUCAACGACCAAUGAAACUUCAUGGCAGUUACAUGCCGUGUUGGAUCCUCCAAAUUUCCCAAUAAAAGACUUCUUCUUUUUUCUGUUCGCCAUGAUGCUGACUUGUGGGAUAUCCUUCACAGCAUUGAAUUACCUACCUCUCUGUACUAGAGAGCACUCUCCUUGUUACAAAGAGGAGUGUGACGCUGGCGACCAAGAUUCAGAGGCUGGCAGUAGCAGUGAUAACAGUCUCGAGUUGGACGCCGCAGAACCAACGAAUGAUGCCUCGCCCAAGGACAAAAACAUGCCGCACAUUCACUCUGAGGCUAAAUUAUUAGAUAGUAACAUUGUUGAGAGGACGCGGUUGAAGAGGUCGAUAUCUUACCAUUUGCCGCAGAAUACCUUUAUACUUGUUCUCAUACUAACUGGUUGGUUGAACGCUUUGAGCAAUGGCGUAUUUCCAAGUAUACAAACUUAUUCUUGUUUGCCCUAUGGGCAGCUAGCUUACAACCUCGCUGUCAAGUUGUCAGCAUUAGCCAAUCCACUUGCUUGUCUCAUAGCAUUUUUCCUGCCCAGCACAAACAAGAAAGUCAUCUCCUCAUUGGUUGGAUUGGCAACAGCCAUUGGUGUUUUCAUCAUGGUAACGGCUGUGAUGAGCCCGCACCCUGUGAUGCACAGUAGUGUAUUUGGAAAGAUUUUAAUUGUUUUAGCAUGGGUUCUUAUGACGGCCUUCUUCUCCUACAGUAAGGUCAUGAUCGCGGUGUUGCUACGGGACGAGGGUCGUAAGGCAUUGCUGUGGUGCGGAGCUGUGACCCAAGGAGGGUCAUUCAUCGGUGCUGUCGUGACUUUCCUAUUAGUCAAUGUGGCCAAACUGUUCAAAGAUGCUCCGCAGUGUCCCAAAAUACAAUGAUCUGAUUGGAUAAUAGGAGUGGAAAAAAAAAAGGCGAAAAUAUCGAGCUUGGCUGAAAUAUUAAUAUGAAAAGAACCCCUGAAGACACUGGGAGGAGUGAAAACUGUGGCACAGUGUUCAUCUUUACAGACAGACCAAUUAGGCAAGGGGCGGCAAAUUCAGCUAACCCAAUCUGUGUCACUAAGUGUUUUGAUCUAUUUCAAAGAAAAGAACAACGAUCAAUGAUCAAAUAUUGUUGAAUUAUCAGGUGUUUUUGUUGUUAUAUACAGAUGCUGUUAGAGACAGAAGGUGACAGUAAAAUAAGCUGACCAAAGUUAAAAUAGAUUAUAUUAUAAUAAUUUAUCUGUGUGUUAUUUGUAUCCCUGAUAAUGAUUUUAAAUCUUAAAAAUGUCAAUACUGGAUUUUAAGGGUCUAUUUUUUUUUUAUUUUUUAUUUUUUAUUUUAUUUUUUAUUUUUUUGGGGGGGG